UUGAAAAUCUGAGAGCGCAUCAGAUGGACGGACAGACAAAGCAAGAGAACCGACGAGUGUUAAUAUGGUGCUGUUCACCACUAAGUUUGUCCAGAGAGCUUCGCUCUUUGUGUCCUUCGGAGGUUUAAUCACAACGUUUAUUACAACCUUCCUGCCACUAUGGAAGACGAUGAACUCCGAUUUGAAUGAGAUGGAGAACUGGUAUGAGGGUCUCUGGCACAUGUGUAUCUACACGGAGGAAGUUGGAUUGCACUGCAAAGCCUUCGAGUCUUUCUUGGCCCUGCCACCAGACACUUUAGCUUCACGGGUUCUCAUGUGCAUUUCCAUUGCGACGGGAUUUCUCGGUGUAGCGGCUGCUUUUUUUGGACUCCAGGGUGUUGAGAUUGGUGCCGGGCGGGAGAGGAUGAAGAGGGCUCUGCUUAUCCUCGGUGGAGUGUUUAUCGUUGUGUCAGGGAUCACGACCCUCGCACCCGUUUCAUUGAUGGCGUACAUAAUGGUAGUGAAAUUCUGGGAUGAGAAUCUUCCUGAUGUGAUGCCCAGAUGGGAGUAUGGAGAGGCCAUGUUUUCUGCCUGGUUUGCUGGACUUCUGUUAGUUGUCGGAGGGGCUUUUCUCUUUGUUGCCGUCUGCAUGGGCGAUCAUGAAGAAAAGCUGCAAAAUAAGAUCCUCGCUCGUAAUCGAGAACAGCGGCCGAGAACCCAGUAUUACCGAAAGACGGAAAUCUUAUAGCUUCGAUUUCAUCUUAAGGCUGGAAAAUUCAAGAAUGCAACUCAGCGUAACUAAAUAAAAAAAAGGCCGGACUUGUUAUGAAAUAUUGAAUUUGUUUGAAUUAAGAGGAGUUAUAGUACUUGCAU